GCCGCCGCCGUCCCUGCCUUUCUCAGCUUUCGCCCAGGACAAGUCGCCCGCUGGCUGGCUGGUUGUUGCUCGCAGGCCUCUCUGAUCCUGGUCUCUCGGAAGGUUCUCGCAUGGUGACCGCGGCCGGCUCCGACUGCAGCAUGUUGAGCUUCGCAUUGGCCCCAUCGUCGUCCGGCCGCCGCGCGUCCUGCUCCUGCCGCCGCCGACCGUGACCCGCCCGCGCGCGCGUCACCAGCUGGUCUCGCUCGUCGCCUCGACCUCUCGGAGCUGUUCCGGCGACCGGCGCUCUCGCGGCACGCGCGACGAACGAUGCCUCCUCUGGCGCCGCCGCACGGCGACAAGGGCGGCUCCCGCGACAGGCAGCGGCAGGAGGCGGCGGCGGCUCGGCAGCGGUCGGCGUCGUUCCACGGCCGCGGCGCGGAGCAGCGGCACCAGCUGCAGAAGCAGAGGCCCAAGACGAUGCCGGACCUGCUCGCCGGCUUGAGGGGGGCGAGCUUCCGCUCCGGGUCCCCGCCCCCGAGCGCCGGCGGCGAGACCGGGAGGAGGACGCCGAGCAAGGUGCUGGUGAGCGUGGCCGUGCAGCGCAGCUUGUGGCCGCUGCACGUCAUGGCGUCCGCCGAGUGGACCGUGGCCGACCUGGUGGCGGCCGCCGUGGCGCUCUACGUCAAGGAAGGCCGGCGGCCGUUGCUGCCGUCCGCCGACCCGGCCGCCUUCGGUCUCCACUACUCCCAGUUCAGCUUGGAGAGUCUAGACCCAAUGGCGAAGGUUAUGGAACUGGGCUCCAGGAGCUUCUUCCUGUGCCCCAAAUAUUCAGCUGCCGGUCAGGCUGCUUCAUCGUCAUCCUCUAAUGGAGCAAGAGAGGUCAGCACAUUGGCGUCAGGGAACGCACCCGCUUGUCUGAGCUACAUGCAAUUCUGGCCGAUGAUGUAAUCAGCUAGCACCCCCAGCACCAGCUUCUAUCCAUAGUGCAUUUGUGAGACAGGUGGCCACAAGAACAUUGUAAAUGUGUAAUGUACAAGGUUCAGAGGAUGAGACUAGUGUGUGUAGCUCUCUAAGGUGCAUGUGCGAUUGUGCCAAAAGCCUGUGCCUCAUGUUACACCCCACAUUCAGAAACAUAUCAAUUUUUUGUGUAAUUAGAACAGUUUUAGUGGCAAAAAAAUGCUGUUGUUAUAUUAUGUAAAUUAAAUAUUGUAUGUACAUCAGCAUACAGGCAAGAAAAAAAAAGCCAUGGCACAACCGAGGAAAAUGGCUGACUGACCUUGUAUGGGCCUUGCAAGUGACAGGGAAAUAUCUUAAAUAUC